AUGAUUGACAAAAAUGUGAAGUAUAACAGGUCAGACAAGAAGGUAGUAUUAGCAACAACAACAGAACAGAACAAGACUCCACAAUGGACUUGUGCUUAUUGCAAAAAUGGUCACGCCAUAUAUGCCUGCAAGGAAUUUAUAAAUCUCUCAGUAAACAAUAGAACAGAAGAAGUAAAAAGGCUUAACUUGUGUCUCAAUUGUUUAAAGUUUGGUCAUAUGGCACAACACUGUAGGUCCAUAGCAUGCAAGAAAUGUAACCGAAAACAUCACUCGUUACUACACAGGGAUUACAAUACUACAACAGUCUCACAAGUAGACGAUCAACAAGCAAACACUUCAAGUACCUCAUCCACGGAAUCAAAAACUCAAACACAUCAAAACAACACAGUUUCAGCUCAUUGUGCACACAAGGAACCAGUCAACAUUUUAUUAUCUACAGCAGAAAUUCUGAUUUAUGACAAGGAUGGACAGUUACAUAUAUGCAGAGCCCUACUAGAUACGGGGUCCCAAUCUCAUUUCAUCACGCAAGAAUUACAUAAAAAAUUGAAACUAGGCACACAACAUAUUUCCUUACCCGUAACGGGAAUUAAUGAAACAUCCACAAACAUUACGAAAGGUACAAGUAUAAAAUUCAAAUCUUGUUAUAACAAUUCUUCAUUCAAAUUAAACUGUUUGAUAGUACCAAGGUUAACUAGUAAACUUCCUCAAUAUAAAAUUGAUAAGGUCAACCUAAAUUUACCUGUAAACAUACAACUUGCAGAUUCGAAAUUCAACAUUCCCGGCAGCAUAGAUGUCCUGAUUGGGGCAGAGUUAUUCUGGGAAUUGUUAUGUCCAAAUAAAAUAAAGUUGCAAAAAGGACAACCUAUUUUACAGGAAACGCAGCUAGGAUGGAUCAUAUCUGGCCCAGUUAACAAUCCAAAUUCAAAUCCAAGAUCAACUUGUCAUCUAUCAGUGAACGACAAUCUAGAAAUACAAAUCGAAAGGUUCUGGAAGACAGAAGAGUUAACAGAAAGGGAACGAUUUUCUCCAGAAGAAAGUCAGUGCGAGGAAUACUUCAAAACUACAACCAAAAGAGAUAACGAAGGUCGUUAUAUUGUCAGCCUGCCCAAGAAUGAUUCCGUACUACUAGGCGAUUCCUUACAAACAGCCAUACGAAGACUUCAAUUAUUAGAAAAGAGACUAGAAAAGAAUCAGGAAUUGAAAACUAAGUACCAUNAAUCCCUGACUCUUGUUGGAAUAGACCUGUUGUAA